GCCCGGGAGGCGGUCCUCUGGGAGAGCUUCCUGGAAGAGUGGGAGCUGGCCUGGAGGGUGAUUGUGGAUGCGACCGGAAGGAAGACCAUCACGGGAGCAUCUUCUUCUCCAGGACCAGCUCCACCCUGCUCCAGAAAAAAGGCGGCCCUGGUUCCCAGGUCUGACCGCUCCCGCUGUCCUCCCCCAAGUUGGAAACCAGCCCAGGCUGAGUGCCGGUGCUGCUGGCGCGGCUCCUCCAGGAGGCGGGAGCUCACCCCUCUGCCUGGCCCCUCCUGGGCUUGGCUAGACUGCAGCCUCACCGCCUCCCGGCCUCCCUCCCAACCUCAGCCUUGGUGACCUGGUAAUUUGUGAACGUGCUUCAGGGGGCUUUACCAACUGUGUGAUGGGCCAGAGGCAGGCUCUGAUCGGCGCUGCCCCCUCGUGAAACCUCAGAUCCCUGUUUUCACAGGCCACUGGGUCUGCAACCCCAUGGACCACUGAGAUAUUGCUUGUGCCAGUGCUUCCGGGGCUGCAGAGAGCAAAGGGGGCCCUGAUCUCAAGCCAGAGCAGGGAUACGUGUGCUGGGAGAGAGAGCCAACAGACUCAAAGGGCUCUGUUUAGCGUCUACUCUGUGCAGCCAAGUAAGGGAUCAUGGGGUAAAGAGAGAAGAAAUCCCUGAGAGCUUCCUGGAGGAGUCUGCAUUAAAGAAUGUUCUGCCGUGAAGGAGCAGUGGGCUUUCCCCGGCCCCUCAGCCUGGACCUGUGCCUGGGUCUUGGGCAUCCCCUUUAGCAAAGGAAAGUGUUUGUCACUCUCCAGAUGGCUGCUCAGAGGGUCAGAGACGCCAGCUUUAUGGGCUGGCCCCAGCUGGGUGCUUCACUGGGUUCUAAGGCUAGUAGCCCUCAGGCCCACAAGCCCAUCAACACUGUCCUCGGGCAGGGCCUGCCGCCUCGUUUGGAGUCUCAGCAGGUGGGGGGGGCACAGGCUCCGGGCCCCCUCCCCUGCAGGCCCGCUGAUGCUGGUGGAGGACAAUUGUUGCCUUGCUGGAUUGUUACAUAGGGACGGUCGUCCCUGAAAAGGCCUCAGCGGCCCGGGCUUCCUGAGAGGAGAGCACACCUGUGGGUGAGGAUGCAGGGUGCCCGGGGACCGGCCGUAUAGUUGCCCUGCCUGGGAGACGCCCCAGGAACGUAGAACCCUGUGCCCUCGAAGCUUCCAGAGGAGCCUCUUCCAUCACAAAGGGGCCUGAGAGACUCCCGACUCUAUUUUGACGCAGCGCGGAAGAGGAUGCUGCAGACAUGUUUAACCCGCACGUGCUAGACUCUCCAGCCGUGAUUUUCGACAACGGGUCCGGCCUCUGCAAGGCGGGGCUGUCCGGAGAGAUCGGCCCCCGCCACGUGGUCAGCUCCGUCGUGGGGCACCCCAAGUUCAAGACGGCUGCGGCAGGAGCCGGCCAGAAGAAGCACUUUGUGGGCGAAGAGGCCCUGCACAGGUGCGAGGCCUUACACCUGCGCUGCCCCAUCGAGCGGGGCCUGAUCACGGGCUGGGACGACAUGGAGAAGCUCUGGAAGCACCUCUUUGAGUGGGAGCUGGGGGUCAAGGCCAGCGAGCGGCCGGUGCUCAUGACGGAGCCCUCGCUGAACCCCCGGGAGACGCGGGAGAAGGCGGCCGAGGUGAUGUUCGAGAGGUUCGAUGUGCCCGCCUUCUACCUGUCGGACCAGGCAGUUCUGGCCCUCUACGCCUCAGCCUGCGUCACGGGCCUGGUGGUGGACAGCGGGGACGGGGUCACGUGCACCGUCCCCAUCUUCGAGGGCUACUCACUGCCCCACGCGGUCACCAAGCUCUACGUGGCAGGGAGGGACAUCACGGAGCACCUCAGUCGGCUGCUGCUGGCCGGCGGGCGGGCCUUCCCCUGCAGGCUGGACAAAGCCCUUGCGGACGACAUCAAGGAGAAGCUGUGCUACGUGGCCCUGGAGCCAGAGAAGGAGCUCUGCCGGCGGCCGGAGGAGGUGCUCCGAGAGUACCGGCUGCCCGACGGGAACAUCGUCCCCAUCGGGGACCAGCUGUACCAGGCGCCCGAGGCCCUGUUCUCGCCCGAGCAGCUGGGCGUCCAGAACCCCGGCCUCUCCAAAAUGGUCUCCUGCAGCAUCACCAAGUGCGACGCCGACAUCCAGAAGACCCUUUUCGGGGAGAUCGUGCUGUCCGGGGGCACCACACUGCUCCAGGGGCUUGACGACCGGCUCCUGUGGGAGCUGGAGCAGCUGGCUUCCAAGGGCACCCCCAUCAAGAUCACGGCGCCGCCCGACCGGUGGUUCUCCACCUGGAUAGGCGCCUCCGUCGUCACCUCCCUGAGCAGCUUUAAGCAGAUGUGGGUCACCUCCGCAGACUUCAAGGAGUUUGGGGCAUCUGUGGUCCAGAGAAGAUGCUUCUGAGGGGCCCUGCUCCCGGAGCAGCCGUGGUGGGACGCGGGCUCCCUGCUCAGCAUCCCCAGGGCGUUCAAUAAAAGACAAAACGGUGCAGUCUUCGGCCGUGUCGGGCUCGGUUCAUCCGAGGGAGCAGCAGAAUAAGAAUCUCUUUUUGGUGGUUCUGACCCCCCCUUCUGGGUUCUGAGUUGAGGCUGUGUCCGUCUGCACACUGUGCACCCAAAGCGGGGGCCCCGGCCUCGUGCCCAGAGCUUGGUCCGGCGGGACCUGGACUCUGCCUCCUAGA